AUGAAGAAUCAUGAAAAGAAAGAUCCAUUUCUCUUCUUCCCCACCAUAACCCCCUUGCCAUUUCAGACCCCUAAGGGGACCUGUGCAAAAUCAGUGAAGAUUGCCAUUGACACAGGAUACCGGCACAUUGAUGGGGCCUACAUCUACCAAAAUGAGCAUGAAGUGGGGGAGGCCAUCAGGGAGAAGAUAGCAGAAGGAAAGGUGCAGAGGGAGGAUAUUUUCUACUGUGGAAAGCUGUGGGCUACAAAGCAUGACCCAGAGAUGGUCCGCCCAACCCUGGAGAAGACACUUAGCGUCCUCCAGCUAGAUUAUGUGGAUCUUUACAUCAUUGAAAUACCCAUGGCUUUCAAGCCUGGAGAUGAAAUCUACCCUAAGAUGAGAAUUGGCAAUGGUUAUAUCACAAGGUCAAAUCUGUGUGCCACUUGGGAGGCUUUGGAAGCUUAAGAUGCUGGCUUGGUGAAAUCCCUUGGAGUUUCCAAUUUUAACCGCAGGCAGCUGGAGCUCAUCUUGAACAAACCAGGACUCAAACAUAAGCCAGUCAGCAACCAGGUUGAGUGCCAUCCGUAUUUCACCCAGCCAAAACUCUUGAAAUUUUGUCAACAACGUGAUAUUGUCAUUAUUGCAUACAGCCCUUUGGGGACUUCUAGGAAUCCAACCUGGGUGAAUAUAUCUUCCCCACCUUUGCUAAAGGAUGAACUUCUUAAUGCACUGGGGAAAAAGUACAAGAAGACAGCAGCUCAAAUCGUUUUGCGUUUCAACAUCCAGAGAGGAGUAGUUGUUAUUCCUAAAAGCUUUAACCCUGAAAGGAUCAAGGAAAACUUUCAAGUACGAGAUCUGCUUCUGGAAAUGUAGAAAGUAGAGUUGUUUUGUUUUGUUUGUUUAUUUUUUGGCGAAUUUUCUGUUCAGAUUAAUAAGAAACUUGU